UGGUUCUGGCAAGGGUCAAAAGGCAAAGCAAUUAAAGAAUCGCCAGAACAUUUAACACACUAAUCUGUGUCCGGGUUUUCUAUCACGCUGUCAGAAUCACUCUCUCUGUGGUUCUAGUCCAUCGCAGUGCAUCACACACUGUGACGGUGGGCCUGCAGCCCACGCACCGAAGAAACACAGCGCUCCUCACGUGACUGCUGGCAGGGUGCAGAACGGACAGCACUGGUUCAGCCCCCCGUUUGUUUUGGACAGCCGGAGUGGCUGCGAGGCGAAGCGACCUAAUUCAGCACGGCUGGCAGCCAAUCAUCGCCGCAGCGCCAAUUCACCCUCCUGGAGAUGACGGAGGGAUAUAAAAGGAGCCAGCGGCUGCUCUCAGGAGGAAAAGGUAGGUGCAAUUAGUGACUAUACUAAUGUGUGGUCUCGAUUUUUCUCCAGACAGAGAUGUAAGCGGAGACAAAUGACUGUUGCCUGUACACACUGACCUCCAACUGGCCCGAGAGCGUCCACCGCGUCCUCCCUGUCUCACUGAAGCGGCGCUGCUGCCGUCUCGCCGCGCUUCACACUGGGACGAGACCUACCUCACCGCACUUCCCAGUCCAUGCUCUCCUUCACCCCCACACCCUCCCAGCACCGUCUUCUUCAAUAAAGAGCACUUUUUAUUCACAUUCCUGUCUCUGGGUGUCUGUAUUCAGCCCAACCAUGAUCCUUUGUUGUCACAGUGUUGGAGAAUGCGAGCAUGACCCCUGCCCAGCAUCUCACAAAGCUCACUGCCGAUGAUGACGUGGAGGCAUUCUUCGCCACCUUUGAGCACGCUGCCCAGUGAGAGCGGUGGGCCAAUGAGAAAUGGGACCAUGACCUCACUCCCCUGCUCACGGGAGAGGCCCAGCUAGCAUACCAUGCCCUCUGCCUUGACCAAGCUGCAGAGUAUGACGAAGUCAGGAGCAAGAUCCUCCUACGCUGUGGCCUCUUCCCCACCAGCGCGGUAGCAGAGCUCCACUGCUGGAGAUAUGACCCCAAAGCCUCCCCUCACAGGCAAAUGGACACAUUGCUGCGAAUCGCCAAGAGAUGGCUGCAGCCCGAGUGGCUUUCUGCCACAGAGGUCCUUAAUCGGGUGGCCAUGGACAGGUUCCUGAGGGCUCUGCCACCUGAGGAGCUGAAGACCGUGGGCAUGCAGGGAGCCUGCGAUCCUCGGGAAAUGCUGGAGGCCCUAGAGAGAGCUGUAGCGACACUGGAAAUCGGCAGGGGCGAACGAAGAGAGUUUCCCCAUCCUCUGCUCGUGCGAUGCCCCGAAGUGCACUUCCCUGCGUAGGGGAGAACACACAGCACUUGGUGCACCUAUGGGAAUCCGAAGGAUGAGACCCCGCCGCACCACGCCACUGGGUCAAGCCCUGGUUCGCAGGCUGUGCACUCAAUAAAGCCACCCCUCCCAGCCUACAUACCAUCUCCGUCCAAGUAAUUGGCCAGCCAGUCUCUGCCUUCCUGGACUUCGGGAGCACCCUCACCCUGGCACUGCCUUUCCCCUAAAGGCAACUGCCACAGGUUCCCUCAUGGUCUCCUGUGUCCAUGGGGACGUCAGGGAGGUUUCAGUGGCCUGGGUCCAGGUGAAGCACCAGAAGAAGGAGUGGCCCCUCCUCAUAUGCCUAAUCCCCGAGCUCCCAGUGCCUCUGCUCCUAGGGUGAGACUGGCCCGAGUUCACCACAGCCAAAGCUCCACAGAGGAGAAAGCCCAGGACAAUGCGGUUGCAGGUCCGGCAGGCCUAACUGGCACAGGGCGAAGGAGCUGACAGGAUGACAUCAGCAGGUGAGGCCCCCAUUCCCACUAACUCUAUGUCCUCUGUGUUUUCUCUGAUCGCCCAGGAGGGAAACUUCGGCUGGGAGCAGAAGGAAGAUGCCGGGCUGAAGAACUGCUGGAGCCAGUUGCGGGUGAUCAAAGGCAUCCACCAGCACCCCGAGCAGCGACUUCCAGCCUCCUACUUCCUGGUACGCGGGGCCCUCCUCUACUAUAAAACUGAGAGGCAAAAAAAAAAGAGGCCAACCCUGCGAAUAUAGAAAUAUUGUGACCAAAAAAUGUUAACCACAAAAUAUGUACUCAUAUUUGAUAAUAUUUAAUUCUCAAUGUUAUAGAUGUAUGGAACCGGUAUAGUGCACAAGGUGACACGGAGGCCUGAAAGGGAUCUGUAUGACCUUACAUAGGCAUCGGUAUUCUAGGUCUGAAAGGGAUCUAUAUGACCUUACAUAGGCAGUGGUAUCCUGCUAAGUGGGGAGAGCAGGAACAAGCAGGAACAAGCUGUAAAUUUAAGUGGGAAAAGUCUGCCUUAAACAAUAACAUAAGCAUAUAUGGGAAUGUUGGGUCUUGUGAAAAACAGGAUGUGGAUUCUUUUUCAUGUAAAUGUAUAUAACUGCUUGGCUUAAUUCUGGAAAGAAUAAAGUCUAAUGGCAUCAACAACCAGGCUCUCCAGAGUGAUGCAUUAAUUUCUACAACACGAACUUCUCGUGGACCCCCGCAGCUGUACCCAGGCCCUCCUGCACCAGGCUCACUUACACCUACUCGGGGGGCACUUGGGGGCAUGCAACACACUCAAGAAGCUAAGGGACCGCUUCCUGUGGCUGGGAAUGGACGUGGAGGUCUGCACCUUCUGCCAGCAAUGCCCCAGUGCCAGAGAACCACCCCCUACAGGCCUGCUCCCGCACUACUGAUUCCUCUCCCCAUUAUCGGCAUCUCAUAGGGCCGCUGCCGGAGUCUACCCGGGGCCACAAAUACAUCCUAGUAAUUGUGGACCAUGCAACCCAGUACCCUGAGGCAGUGCCCCUUUGGAAGGCCACCUCCCGGGAACAUCGCCCGUGAACUCCUGCACCUGUUCAGCCAUGUCAGCGUUGCGAAGGACAUCCUCACCGACCAAGGUAUGCCUUUCAUGUCCAAACUAAAGGCGGAUCUGUGUAGGUUGUUGCAGGUGAAGCACCUGAGGAUGUCCGUCUACCACCCCCAGAUUCGAACGGUUCAACCAGACGCUGAAGAGGAUGCUCCAGAGGGUGGUAGACGAGGAAGGGGGGAACUGGGAUCUUCUCCUCCCCUACGUCCUCUUCGCUGUCUGAGAGAACCCGCAGGCUUCUGCUGGUUCACUCCCUUUGAACUGCUUUAUGGACGGCGAUCUUGGGGACUGCUGGACGUGGCCCAAGAGACCUGGGAAGAGCAGCCCACUCCCUACCGCUCCCUGGUUGACGACGUCCAGGAAAUACAAGAAAGGAUCGACAAGAUUAUGCCCAUAGAGAGGGAGCAUAUGGAGCAUAUCUCGCAGGUCUUCGAUGGGGAGGAGCACCCGGUCCUAUACACGAGCCGAAAGCUGACCCCGCAGAGAGGAAGUACACCGCUGUGGAGAGGGAAGCCCUGGCCAUCAAAUGGACCGUGGAUGAGCUGAAAUAUUACCUGGCGGGGCGGUCCUUCACCACGUGCCACUGCAAUGGAUGGCCAAGGACACGAACACCACGGUAACGUGGUGGUUCCUCUCCCUGGGGAACUACGGGCUGUUGAUGUGAACAAAAAUGAACUGCUCUUAUCACCCUUACAGAAGGAAAUUACAGCUUUUAGCAUAAAAACCAGAUGUGAGGAUAAUGGCUAGCAGUUAUCAGGUAAUUCAGAUUAUAACCUGUAGAUUUCUUAUAUCAUGUAAAUUAGCUCAGGGUGCAAACUAUGGGAGAUCAAGGUGUCUUCACUGUAUACAGCCAUUACUGAAAAUAUCAUUUUGAUGGAAGGGGAAGUGGGGAGGAAGAAGAGGAAGAAGGAGAAGAAAGGGUACCUGAACAAAACAGUAGAGUUCCAGUGACACAUGAUUGGAGCCCUAAUGAUGCUAAACUAAACAGAUGAAGUAACAUGACUGACUGAAGUAUAGACAGAAGAGACGUCUUCCUUAAUCUGUGGAUCUGCAUUAUUAGAGCUGGUGGCAUUGGAGUAAAACUCACUGUUGCGUAAAUUAGACCUUCAGCAGAUUUCUCAGCCGAGAGAUGUGGGUAACUGAGCUGUGGAGUAGAUGUCCUGAUCAGGAGGGUUUAAAGGUAGUUGAGCAGUAGAAUAAACAGCAGAAUCACAGGGACUUGUGGAUAACUCUGUGUUUGUAUAAAGAGUUUGAAGAUCAGAGGCGAUUGUGGAUAGUUGAACAGUAGAGUACUCUGUGGAAGUUCCAGCAUCUGAGGCAGAAAGACAUCUAGUGUCUUUAAUCUCCUCAUACUCACGGACAGCAGGAGGAACCUGAGAGAUAAACAGAAACAAUUUUUUUUUUCUCAAAAGAUAACAAGUUUUGGUACUGAACACGCACAAAAUGAUGAAGAAAAUUACCGCUUGGUCAUUUCCUGAAUUUUGGACAGAACACUCAGUAGAAGCUGCUGGAAAAAAACAGUCACAUAAUCAGUAGUUAUUAUUACUGUCUUUAGUUUUAGUUUUGGAUUGUAUGAUGGCUAGAAAUCCUGUAGUGUAUUUAUUAAU